CAGCGACAUCUAUUUGUGAAUGGAGGGAGUACAUCCCAAUCACACACACACACUACACCUUUUCAAAUUUAGGAUGGCUAAUUGCAUAUAAUUUCAGUCAAAUAUUGUAAUAAUAAAUUACUUUUACCGUCUGCCGACUUUGGAAACAAGUAAAUAAACAUACUAGUACGAAAUGAAGGUCCCAAAAAAAGCAACCUAAAAAAAAACACGUUAAUUUCUCCAAAAACCUUUUUUAAGGCUUUUUCUUACUACUACUACAGUCUGUACUCUGUACAAUUAUUUAAAGGACAAGAAACAGAAAAAUUCACACAACUCUCUCCUAUCUCAAUCAAUUUACUUAUUAUAUUUUCAUUUUGUUUCGUUUCUACUAGUCCUUCCCGAGUUCUUCAACCUUUUCAUCAUCAAUUUGACUAACAACAAAUCGAAAAUUAUUAGAAAACCACUAAAACCCUCUCCCCCUGCAAAAGUUUGCAAACCCCCAUAGAAAAUCCUACUUGAAAGUUGAAAUGGUUUGACAUUUUUUUUUUGUUUGAUCAUCUCUCACAAUCUUACAAAAAAAUUAUGGGUAAGAGUAAUCAUCAAAUGACAACGCCGAAGCCAUUUUUUGUCAUCUUCCUCCUCUUGCUAUGUUUCUUCUUCGCAAAUUUUGGGUUCUCCGCUGACUACACAACCUUGGUUUACAAAGGCUGUGCUGACCAGAAAUUCCAAGACCCAUCUGGAGCUUCCUCCCAAUCCCUCCAAAACCUCUUCGACAGCCUCACUUCCCAAUCCUCGUCGGCGAAAUUCUACAAAACCGGCGCCGGUCAAGGUCAAUCGGCCAUCAAUGGGCUCUUCCAAUGCAGGGGCGACCUCUCCAACGACGAUUGCAACAACUGCGUCGGAAAAAUCCCCGGCAUGGCCCGGAGGCUGUGCGGCGAGGCUAUUGCCGUCAGGGUUCAGUUGACCGGGUGCUAUUUAAGCUACGAGGUGGCCGGGUUCAAGCAGGCCGGAACCACCGAGUUGCUGUUCAAGAUUUGUGGGUCGACUCAGGCGAGUGGGGCUGGGUUUUCGGACAGAUUGGACACCGCUCUUGGGGAGAUCGCCAAAGGGGUUUCCGGGAAUGGGAACGGGUUUUACGCCGGUGGGUAUCAAUCGGUUUAUGUGUUGGGUCAGUGUGAAGGCGAUUUGGCAAAUGACAACUGUGUGGACUGUGUGAAAACCGCCAGCCAGCGGGCUAAAAGUGAAUGCGGCAAUUCACUUUCGGCUCAGAUAUAUCUCCAGCAGUGCUAUAUCAGUUACACUUAUUACCCCAAUGGUGUUCCCGGUUCAACAUCAUCACCCUCAUCAUCGUCAUCAUCAAGGACAGGGGUAAACACACAGAAAACUGUUGCUAUCGUCUUGGGUGGCCUUGUUGGAGUUGGGCUAGUAGCUGCUUGCUUGUUGUUUACCAGAUCAGCACUAAAGAAACAGGGUCGAUCCAAACAUGGAGGUUCGCUUCAUUAUCUCACCUUCUUAAUUUGAUUGUGUUCAAGAUGAUUGUUUUCGUGGUCAUUUGGAAAAGUGUUAAGUCAUUGCAAUUUGCAAUUUGAUCUAUAUUAUUGCAGGGUACUGAAGAUGAGAAGCAAAAGACAUACUGGCAAAGUGAAAGAUUAAGGUGGUGGCUUUAGGAAAAGAUGAAACAAAAUGUAAAGCUAAAAAAGACAGGAAAACAAAAAAAAAGGAGGAUAUUCAUUUGGGGAAUUGUAAAGGGAAAGCAUUAAGCAAAUGGUGGUGGGAACAGGGAGUUUUUUUCCUUCUUCUCCAAGUUUAGGUUUUUUAGGUUUCUUACCUAGAUGGAUUGUUGCUCCUUGUUUAAAUUAUAGGCAGUUGUCAUUAUCUCCAAUGUUUAUAUAGCCUACUAGCAGUACUAAUACUCUCCCUCUUCUUAGUCUUGGUCAAAUUAUAUGCUAGCAGUUCAUGUAGUAAUCCUUAGUCCUCAGUUAGGCAUUGGUUCUGGUUUGUUGAUCACGAUAUUCUGCUAAUCUGAUUGUUAUUGAAUCAAUUAUUAGUCUGGAAAAGUGGUUCCUGUUCAAGUUUCCAAAAAGAGCUGAGUGUGUUCUCCACUUUGCACAAAGAAGGAUUUGAUUUGGGUCUAGUUUGCAAAAAGAAAAGCAGAACAAAUUAUAGAAUAUAUUACUUUGUCAAGAUCUUCGUUUUUUGGCUUCUUGCUUUCCAGGGGUUUUAGAAGAACCGGCAAAAUUGUGUGUGUAGUUUUCAUGAAUUAUUCGCUUAUGUGCUUUUCGUCCUUGCUGUUUUAACUAUCUCAAAGACAAACACCCGAAAAUGAAACUUACACACCUUUGUGAAUUUGAUCGUUGCAAGUCCUUGACCUUCAUGAUAUAGUAUGUAUUGAUUUCAAAACGUGGGAAGGGAUCCGCGCAAAUAAAGGUGAUUCCUUUCUUUCUUUUUCGGUUAGGAGCGUUUCCAAGGUUAAAAUAAAAAUCUAUGUGCGACAAAUUGUACAUACAUGUGUGUCCUUUGAGAUUCCGGCACCUCAGCAUCUUUAUUUUUAUUUUCUUUCGUCUGAUCAUUAAAGGCUUGAAAUUCUUGCAUUUGCCACAUUUGAACCUCCACCAGGGGGAUUUCAAUAGUCAAGUAAGUAAUUCAUUUUUUCUCUUUUAUCCAUAAAAACUCACAACUAGUUUUGCUUACCAUCAUUGAGCUCUUUUGCAAACUCUUCCGGGAUGGAAAUAGCAAUGAACCCUUGCAUGUCUAAGAAAGAAGCAUAGGAAAUUAAAGAGUUCAGACGGAGCAAGAUUGUCAAGUUCAUCGUCUACAGCUUUGUUGCUGACUAAAAAUGCUAACAUGCUACAGAGCUGCCGGCGCUGAAUCGAAUCUGUAAUCCAAAAAUUUGGACUUUGCGCUCUACCGAUCAGGUCUUUCAAUAACAUACCCGGGAACUAUAUAUACCUUCCUCAUCUAAAUACUCACACCAUCUUCAAACAAGAAUCAUGUUUGUUAAACCAUUUCGGUUCC